AUCCAAUACAUGUUUAAGCAGGUAUUUGGCACGAAUAACGCCCAGAAAGAAGUCUUUGAUGUGGUAGCUAAUCCCUUGACGUUUAAGUCUAAUCAUAGGAACAGCAUGGAGAUACAGCCUGAAGUUGAUGCCUUGUUGGAAUGGCAGAAAAGAGAAGCCAUGCCCAUUCCAAAGAGCCACUCUAGCAAGCGACAAGCAGAUUCAGAGUUUGCACAUAUGAUAGACAUACAAGAAUUCUGCAAAGCAGAAGAAGUUGAUGAGGACAGUGUCUAUGGUGUACUCAUCUCUUUCAUUGAAAUCUAUAAUGAUUACAUAUAUGAUAUGCUGGAAGAAGAACAGUUUGAUCCCAUAAAGCCCAAACUCCCACAAUCAAAGAUGCUCCGAGAAAAGAACCACAAUACUUACGUUGCAGGAUGUACAGAAGUAGAAGUGCAACCCCUAAUUUAGGUCAUCUUCUACCAAUGAAAACAUUACCUGUAAGGUGUUGUCUCCAUCAGCAUCCAGAGGAGCCUGCACGAGUUUCAUGCUGAAAACACUAUGUGUACUGUAGGGUGCGUCCCCUGAGCUUUCCUGAUCAGGAAUGCUGUGUAGAGGUGGUCAAUAAUAAUACAACGGUGCAGCUCCACACUCCUGAGGGCUGUCAACUCCAAAGUAAUGAAGACUAUA